AUGAAGUUCUCAACCCUCGCUCUCGCUGCUGCGGCCCAGGUGGCCUCCGCCCACUACUGGUUCGACACCAAUGUCAUUGACGGCGCCGCCCAAGCCCCCGGCAAGUACGUCCGUGGCACCACCCGCGCCACCGCCUACAACCCCAUCAAGUUCUCCUCGAACCCGGCUGGCGACAUCCGCGACGGCUCCUUUGCCGACGGCGACGACAUUAUCUGCAACCAGGGCGCCUUCUCGACCGCCGGCAACACCGAGGUCCUCACCGUCGCCGCUGGCUCCGAUGUGACGGCCAAGUUGGCCUUUGGCGCCAAGAUGGAGCACCCCGGCCCCGGCUUCGUCUACAUGUCGCGCGCCCCUGGCGACGACGUCAAGGCCUACGACGGCGCGGGCGACUGGUUCAAGGUCUUCGAGGAGGGUGUCUGCAACCCUUCGGCCGACUUCACCAGCGACGCCUGGUGCACCUGGGGCCGCGAUACCAUCACCGCCACCAUCCCCGCCGGCACCCCCGACGGUGAGUACCUUGUCCGCUUCGAGCACAUUGGCGUCCACCGCUCCCACGUCAACCAGCCCGAGCACUACACCUCGUGCCUCCAGGUCCGCGUCGAGGGCGGCGGCAGCGGUACCCCCGGCCCCACCUUCCAGCUGCCCGGCGGCUACAAGGACACGGACGACUAUGCCAACUUUAGCAUCUACAACGGCUUCAAGGACUUCCCCAUGCCUGGACCUGCUGUCUGGGACGGUACUAGCAGUGGUAGCGCCCCUGUCGAGGAGGAGCAGGAUGAUGCGCCUGCUGAGCAGCCCGCCCCCGCGCCCGUUGAGGAGGAGCAGCCUGCCCCUGGCGUCGAGUGCUUGGGGAUGUACUUCCAGUGCGGUGGCAAUGGCUACACGGGCCCCACGUGCUGCUCUACCGGCAGCUGCAAGGUCGUCAACGACUGGUACCACCAGUGCCUCUAA